AUGUUUCAUUUAUUCACCUCCACUCAUCAUGAUUAUGAAUUAUUUCAAAAAAAAAAGAAAAAGAACUUCCUUCCUGUGCAAAGUGUACUUCUCAUCAAGAUGACUGUUCUGUUUAUUCAAAGUUCACGCAAGCUGAGCGCUCCACGUAAACUUCCUCACACUUUUUUUCUCAAGAGACCGCGAGCGGUUGUGCAUCACAGUUAUCUUACUUAA